AUGGUAAGGCGGUACCUGGGACACAUGACAGAUCCCAGAAGCCGCCGGACCAAUCACAAAGCGCAAGUGCUUCUCGCUCAUGCGCACUGGGCACCCGGCUGUCAUGCCGAGCGCCAUUACAGAAGCCGGGAAGACAGCGUGCGGCUGGAUCGAGGAACAGGUAAGCGCAAACAAAAACUCUGCGGAAGUAAGAACCUGUCAAAUUCAGGUACCCGCUCCCCCCCCUCCCCAAAGGUCAGCAGUCAUCUGUACUGUCCAAAGUCUCUGGUCAUCCCUGUGCUGUCCGCAGUCUCUGGUCAUCCCUGUGCUGUCCGCAGUCUCUGGUCAUCCCUGUACUGUCCGCAGUCUCUGGUC